GAGGCGCGGGCAAGGACCCUGCGAGCGCAGCGCUGCGCAGCGCCCGGCCGGCCGGACAGGGGCCGCGGGACGCCGCUCGCCCGGCCACUCGUGCGCCCGCGCGGAAAGGCGCACCGCCAACCCGGAAAGUGGGAAGAUACCAAGAAGGAAAGCUACAAUGAAAACAAGUUGGGAAGGGAAGGAAUUGGAGGGAUUAAAAUAAAAGUGGUGACUUUGGGUUUUAUUUUGAAAUACCAGGAAUGGUCAUUUCUACUUUUCAGGACCUCAAAACCAAGAAGCUAAAGAGAAUCCUGUGUACAUAAAGUAAAAUCUCAUCUGUUCCUCUUUUGUAUUUGGAGACUCCCUUAUUUCACCACAUACAAGGAGUAUAUAACUAGUGCAGUCAUUAUGAACGUGACAAGUUUAUUUUCCUUCACAAGUCCAGCUGUGAAGAGACUUCUUGGGUGGAAACAGGGCGAUGAAGAAGAAAAAUGGGCAGAGAAAGCUGUUGAUGCUUUGGUGAAAAAAUUGAAGAAAAAGAAAGGUGCCAUGGAGGAACUGGAAAAGGCACUGAGUUGCCCGGGGCAGCCAAGUAACUGUGUGACCAUUCCCCGCUCUCUGGAUGGCAGGCUGCAGGUCUCCCACCGGAAGGGACUGCCUCAUGUCAUCUAUUGCCGUGUCUGGCGCUGGCCUGACCUUCAGAGCCACCACGAACUAAAACCACUGGAAUGCUGCGAGUUUCCUUUUGGUUCCAAGCAGAAGGAGGUGUGCAUCAACCCUUACCACUAUAAACGAGUAGAAAGCCCCGUUCUUCCUCCAGUGCUGGUUCCAAGACACAGUGAAUAUAAUCCUCAACACAGCCUCUUAGCCCAGUUCCGUAACCUAGGACAAAAUGAGCCUCACAUGCCACUCAAUGCCACUUUCCCAGAUUCUUUCCAGCAGCCCAGCAGCCACGCGUUCCCCCAUUCUCCCGGCAGCAGCUACCCUAACUCUCCUGGAGGCAGCAGUAGUGCCUACCCUCAUUCACCCACCAGCUCGGACCCGGGGAGCCCUUUCCAGAUGCCAGCUGACACGCCCCCACCUGCCUACCUGCCCCCUGAAGACCCCAUGACCCAGGAUGGCUCUCAGCCAAUGGACACAAAUAUGCUGGCUCCUUCACUGCCCUCAGAACUCAACAGAGGAGAUGUUCAAGCGGUUGCUUAUGAGGAGCCAAAACACUGGUGCUCUAUUGUCUACUACGAGCUCAAUAAUCGAGUGGGUGAAGCAUUCCAUGCGUCCUCCACAAGUGUGUUGGUGGAUGGUUUCACUGACCCUUCCAAUAAUAAGAACCGUUUCUGCCUUGGGCUGCUAUCCAAUGUUAACCGGAAUUCCACUAUUGAAAACACAAGGCGGCAUAUCGGAAAAGGAGUUCAUCUUUAUUAUGUUGGAGGGGAGGUAUAUGCUGAGUGCCUCAGUGACAGCAGCAUCUUUGUGCAAAGUCGGAACUGCAACUACCAUCACGGAUUCCAUCCCACUACUGUUUGCAAGAUCCCUAGUGGGUGCAGUUUGAAAAUUUUUAAUAACCAAGAAUUUGCUCAGUUAUUGGCCCAGUCUGUGAACCAUGGCUUUGAGACAGUGUAUGAGCUUACAAAAAUGUGUACUAUACGCAUGAGCUUUGUGAAGGGUUGGGGAGCAGAAUACCACCGCCAGGAUGUUACCAGCACCCCUUGCUGGAUUGAGAUCCAUCUUCAUGGCCCCCUCCAGUGGCUGGAUAAAGUCCUUACUCAGAUGGGUUCACCUCAUAAUCCUAUUUCAUCCGUGUCUUAAACGGCCGCAGGCUUCUGCCUCUUGAAAACUGUUGAGCCUUGCAUGUACUUGAAGGAUGAAUGAGUCAGCCACAGUCGAGAACUGUUAAAGGAGCCUUGACAAUACUUGACCUCUAUGACCAACUGUUGGAUUCAGAAAUAAAACUUUGGGUAACAUACUGUCGAUAUCAAGACCUGUUUAGUUUACAUUGUAACGUUCUAUUGUAAAAUCAACUAAAAUGCCUACUUUUAGCAGGACUUUGUGUACAGUUAAAGGAGAGAUGGCCAAGCCAGGGACAAAUGAUCUAUUGGAAAAAUAGUCCUAACAGAUUAUUUUGUGUUUGGCACUUUAUGGUCAUCGUUUGGCAGAAAUUUAGCAUUAAUAGUCUUUCUGAAGUGUGUUUUUAUCUGGUUGAAAGCCCAUACUGAGACUUCUUUUCAUGGGUUUUCAUAAUAUUUUUAAAGUAUUUGUUUAGUGAUGGUUUUGUUCAUUUUUUAAGUAAAGGUUAAUCUUGAUGGUAUACAUAGUAAUCCCUCUAAAAUUGUCUGCUGACCAUCCUGCUGUCAGAGUAAUGUUAGGCAUAUGCUCUUUGCUAAAUAUAUAUAUGUACAGAGUAUUUGGAAGUUAAGAAUUGAUUAGCCUAGUGGAUUUAGGAGUAUAUGAGGGGGUGGGGGGAGAGGGAAAUGACAACUGCAAAUGUAGAAUAUACUGUAAAAAUUCAGUUUGUUGCUUUACAGAAACAAACAGAUGUCUGAACUUUGCUGUGUUUCAAUUUUUUAGAGAUUUUAUUCUACCUUAUUUUUUUGGCAUCUUCUAUCCCAUCCUCUCCCAAAAAAAACCAGUUAUGCAGCUGGUUAAUUGAUAAAACUGUGAGAGCAAAUGAAUAGUUCCUGCUGUCCUGAAAUUGACUGCCUAUAUGUUUAUGUUCAAUACCAAUUGUACGGAGUGCUUGAAUUUAAUAAGCAGUUUUUAUGGAGUUUACAGUAUUGAAAUAGGCUUUACUUUUCAAAUGAAUUGUUUGCCAAACCUAGUAACUCUGUUAAAUAUUUGGAAGAUUUAAUUUAAAGAACAUCCCUUUAAAUCCAUUUCAAAUUUACAAAAAAAUUUCUUUGUACUAUGCUUGGUUUUGUUUUUCUUCUGCUAAUCUUUUAUAUUCACUUACACUCUCAUACAUUGAAUACUUUUAUUCCAAAACUAGUGGGUUUUCUCUACUGGAAAUUUUAAAUAAACCUGUCAUUAUUGCUUACUUUGAUUAAAAA